UUUUUUUUAUGGUAUGAUUGCCUAACAAAAUUGAAGUUAAAACUUCAAAGCUUAGGCUCCAUUCCCAAAUAAUAUGGACCACACACAUUAUUGUAACGUAACAUUAUCAUUUGACACAUAUUUACUCUAAGACUUAUUAUAAGCUCAGCAACCGACACCCUUUGUACAUAACUAAGACACAGAAUUGAAGAGACUCAGUUAUUGGAUCACCAUGGAAAACAAAGUAGCAAGAACAAGUGAAGCUCAACCCAUAAGAUGUAAAGCUGCGGUUAGUCGCAAACAAGGUGAGGCAUUGAGCAUUGAAGAGAUCAUUGUGGCACCACCAAUGGCUUGUGAAGCAAGGAUUAAAGUUAUAUGCACCACUCUUUGUCACGUUGAUCUCACUUUUUGGAACACUAAGGACCCUGCUUCAAUUUGGCCAAGAAUUCUGGGUCAUGAGGCAAUUGGGUAAGAGAAUUUGCGAAAUAUGGGCAACCUGUGUUCAAAAUUCCCAUUCAAAGUAUCUCCAUGGAUGCCAAGAUAUGAUAGUAGCAGAUUCACUGAUCUCAAUGGAGACAUCAUACACCAUUUCCUUUUUGUUUCAAGUUUUAGUGAAUACACUGUCGUUGACAUUGCCAAUCUAACCAAGAUUCAUCCCCUUGUUCCUCCAAACAAGGCAUGCCUCCUUAGUUGUGGUAUCUCGGCCGGGCUAGGUGCUGCUUGGAGAUUAGCAAAUGUAGAGCCAGGUUCAACUGUUGCUAUUUUUGGGUUGGGAAGCAUUGGAUUAGCAGUUGCUGAAGGAGCUAGAUUUUGUGGAGCAACUAGAAUUAUUGGUGUGGAUGUUAAGCCAGAAAAAUUUGAAAUUGCAAAAAAGUUUGGAGUUACUGAUUUUGUUAAUGCUGGAGAAUGUGGAGACAAAUCUCUAAGCCAGAUAAUUAUAGAUAUGACUGGUGGUGGAGCAGAUUACUGCUUUGAAUGUGUUGGUUUAACAUCAUCAGUUCAUGAAGCAUAUGCUUCUUGUAGAAAGGGUUGGGGAAAAACAAUUGUUUUAGGAGUGGACAAGCCAGAAUCCAAGUUGAGUCUUAACACUAGAGAGAUCCUCUUCAAUGGGAAGAGCCUAAUUGGAUGCUUAUUUGGAGGACUCAAACCCAAAUCUCAUGUCCCUGUUCUCCUUAAACGUUACAUGGACAAGGAACUAAAGUUGGAUGAAUUUGUCACUCAUGAGUUGAAAUUCAAAGACAUCAACAAAGCUUUUGAUUUACUGAUGAAAGGAGAGUGUCUGAGAUGUGUAGUUUGGAUGGACAAAUGACUUCAUUCUUUUGUAU